CCGUCCCGGCGAGGCGUGAUAGCGUCACUUCCUGUUAUGGGGUCGAUUGGCCGAAGCUCAGGCGUGUGGGCGUGGCGCCAGGGUUCCGACUCGGCAAGUUGAGGGCUGAACCGUUGAACCCAUGGCUGCGAUCAAAGUCGCCAACCCCAGGGCUGAGGUGACGCGCAGCCAGGCGGCCUUGGCUGUGAACAUAUGCGCCGCCCGAGGGCUGCAGGAUGUGCUGCGGCCCAGCUUGGGUCCUAAGGGCGCACUAAAAAUGCUUGUUUCUGGGGCAGGUGACAUCAAACUCACAAAAGACGGCAAUGUACUGCUUCAUGAGAUGCAAAUUCAACAUCCAACAGCUUCCAUCAUAGCAAAAGUGGCAGCAGCCCAGGACCAUGUCACAGGAGACGGCACCACCUCGAAUGUCCUGAUCAUUGGGGAGUUGCUCAAACAAGCCGAUCUUUACAUUUCUGAGGGCCUGCACCCUAGAAUCAUAGCUGAAGGAUUUGAUGCUGCAAAGACGAAAGCACUUGAAGUUUUGGAUGAAAUUAAAGUGGAAAAGGAGAUGAAAAGAGAAAUCCUCUUAGAUGUGGCUAGAACAUCCCUGCGAACAAAAGUUCAUGCUGAACUGGCUGACGUGUUAACAGAGGCUGUGGUGGAUUCUGUCCUGGCUGUUAGAAGACCAGGUCUCCCUAUUGAUCUCUUCAUGGUAGAAAUCGUGGAGAUGAGGCACAAGUCAGAAACAGAUACACAGUUGAUUCGAGGAUUGGUUUUGGACCAUGGUGCCCGUCAUCCAAGCAUGAAGAAGCAAGUGCAAGAUGCAUUUAUCCUCAUUUGCAAUGUGUCACUAGAGUAUGAAAAAACAGAAGUGAGCUCUGGUUUCUUUUAUAAGACUGUAGAAGAGAAAGAGAAAUUGGUAAAAGCUGAAAGAAAAUUUAUUGAAGAUAGAGUGCAGAAAAUAAUAGACCUAAAACAGAAAGUUUGUGCUGAGACCAAUAAAGGAUUUGUUGUCGUUAAUCAAAAGGGCAUUGAUCCGUUCUCCUUAGAAAUGCUGGCAAAACAUAAUAUCGUAGCUCUUCGCAGGGCAAAAAGAAGAAAUCUCGAAAGGCUUGCUCUUGCUUGUGGAGGAAUAGCUGUGAACUCCUUUGAAGACCUUAAUGAAGAUUGUUUGGGGCAUGCUGGCCUUGUAUUUGAGUAUUCAUUAGGUGAAGAAAAGUUCACUUUUAUUGAGGACUGUGUGAAUCCUCUCUCUGUCACCUUGUUGGUCAAAGGACCAAACAAGCAUACUCUCACACAGAUUAAGGAUGCUUUAAGAGACGGACUUCGUGCUGUCAAAAAUGCCAUCGAAGAUGGCUGUGUGGUUCCAGGGGCUGGAGCAGUUGAAGUCGCAAUAGCAGAAGCUCUUGUUAACCACAAGCACCGUGUGCAGGGAAGAACUCGCCUUGGCAUCCAAGCCUUUGCAGAUUCCUUACUUAUUAUCCCGAAGGUUCUUGCUCAGAAUUCUGGUUAUGACCUGCAGGAAACAUUGAUAAAAGUUCAGACUGAACAUGCAGAAUCAAAAGAGCUUGUGGGCAUAGACCUGAAUACAGGGGAGCCGAUGGUAGCAGCAGAAGCAGGAGUUUGGGAUAAUUAUUGUGUGAAAAAACAUCUUCUUCACUCAUGCACAGUGAUUGCCACCAACAUUCUCCUGGUUGAUGAAAUUAUGCGAGCGGGCAUGUCUUCUCUCAGAGAGUGAUUGAAUUCAAGAUCAAUUCAUCUGGAAGACAAGAUAGCAUGCAUGUCAUAUCCAACACCGGCUUAUGGCCUUAACUGUUACAAAAUAAAUGUGGUGUGUAUCUUUUGGUCUCAGCUGUUUCAGAAACACUUAAUCAAAGUAUAAAGAACACACAAAUUUUCCCAGUAAAAGAAUAAUAAUAGUAAUAUUUUCUGAGUUUUAACUCCCCACCCUAUAAUAUAUGUUAUUUCCGUUCUCAUAAAAUAAAAUGUGUCAUGAUGCCUAUACCUUCUGGGCACAGGUUUUAGAGUAUCCAAGUCAAUUUCCAGUUUAUCAGAGAUCUUAAAUGUAGUAAGAUAAAUGUUCUCUUUUCUUUCUAAAGCCCUUCAGUAAUUUCCUGCUGCCACUUUCUUAGGAAUGUGGCAUCACAUAUAAUAUAAUUUUCUCAUGCACAGUCCCUAGCCCAACCUAUUUAGCAUAUAGUUUGUUAUAGUUUGCUUAGCCUUUAAAGGUGUGGGCAGGGUAUGGCUAUGUAGCUUGGGCUGGAAUUUAGAAUCCUCCUGCCUCAGUGUCUGAGUGCUGGUGUUAUAACCCUGCUCUUUUCAGCAACCUGUACUCUGCCCUGGCUCUGAUAGCCCUGACUGGACAGCAAGGCAGUCCCUCUGGAAAGGCAGGGCUUAUUAGCAUCAGCUCUAUGAGAACACUGCCUUUGGUUCUAGUGUAGCUAGUCUGUAGAUAGACAGUCCUGAUAUCCAUUUGUUUAAAGCUCUCCAGUUAAUCUCUCUCCAGGCUCUUUGUCCAUGUUCUUUGCCUGGAUCCAAGUUGAUAAGAUAUUAAAAUGUCUCAGGUGUGUUCUUGGAACUUGUUUAUAGCACUAGGAGAAGAUUCCUUUGAUCAUUUCAUGCGUUGGUUGAAAAAUCUACAAUUUUAUACCCUGUUUUAUUUCACUUAGUAUGUUUGUUGACAUCUCUUUAAGUCAGUAGCCAAUGCUUCUAAACAUCCUUGCAUGACAGUUCAUUGCAAGACACACUUCUGUUUAGUUUACUGUUUGUAUUUUAAGUUUCCAUUGUCAACAUACUAUGUGCAUCAAGACUUUUUUGUGCAGAUUUUCAGGAAAGAGUCUCAGGCUGUAGCCCAGGUUGGACUUGAACUCUCAGCACACCUUCUGCUUAUCCUCCCGAGUGUUGGGUUUACAGGCACAAGCCAACAUGCUUUGAA